AUGUGUUCAAUCAGCCUGCUCUUCUUUGCUCUUGCCUUUACAUGGACUCUUGUCUCGGCCGUUCCUUACCCCGUCUUGCCCUCAUUCUCUUCUUUCACCAAAGCUGCCAAAGAGCCUAUCCUUGGCAGAUUCGAAACAAUAGCCGUCAAAGUCCCGUGCGUUGACUGUCCUGUAUACGAAGAUGACGUGGCCCUCGAUUUUGAACUUCAAUAUCCUCGUCUUAACUCCUCAACCAACCUUUGCGAUGUCGACUUUACAUUGAACGGGCGCCCCAUUGUCGUCGACCGCACGAAUCCAGCCCAAGCAUCUACUCUCCACAUACCUCGUGGUCUAGCAAAUCAACACUGGGAGGUUGAUCUUGAGGUUCAAGGCCUUUGUGAUCCCGUCAAGGACAACUCUGUCUCUACCCAGCGCGCCCUUUACUUUAACGUUACCAAAGUUGCUCAACAACCCCUGAUUACUCCUGGCACGUUCACAGUCGUCGUCGAUCAAUCUGAGUCGGCUCAAAUUCUUAUCGAUUCGGAAAUUGACGAACAGGCCGCUUGUGCCUCAACAUUGAAGAGCGUGAUUAAUGAGAAUUCCUCUAUUCUAUCCAAGAUCGAAGCUAUCCCUACCGACAAUGACAUCAAGUCAACGGCUGAUAUUCUUACCGUCGAACAAGCCCUUCGCAAUCGCCUCUACGAGCAGGCGACGAAGCUUCAGAAGCUGAACCAACGCUGUCAUAAAGACUUUACCGAAAGUCUAUCUGAUUGUCACAGAGAUAUCUCCUGCAUGAGCAGAGUCAUGUGCCAACGCAUUCAUGACACAACAUACCAAAAGAUCAAGGAGAUUCAGGCAGCCCUUCAAGAUUCUAUCAUGGUAAGCAAGGAUCGACAGGACCAAUACGUCGCUGCCGAUGAGAAAGACAACUGGAACUUCAAUGUCAGCUCCGUGGACAACCUCCUCUCUGAUAUCGAGGAUGGAAACUCGAGAAAGUAUGGCAACCAGCAUCCUUUGGUUCUUGCUUUGGAGAUCCUCGCAGCAGCGAUAGGCCUUACUGCUCUUUGCGCAUUCCUCCGCCGUCGCUUCUGUUCUCUUCGUCGUCGCGUUGAGCGCCUCUCGGACAAGGAAGAGCGUCGGCGAGCUCGCCAUUUCCGCUGUCUCGCCCGCAAGGAGGCUAUGCGCAAGAAGUGGGUCUCCUUCAAACAAGUCUUCAAGCGUUCACCUCGCAAUGGAGAUUAUGAGGAGAAGCGUGCACUUGUCAUCGAAGCUGCUGGUGCAGUGGUUGAUGACUAUGCAGAGGGAUGCUCGCGGCAAGUUGAUGACCUAGAAACGGGCCAUGCAUUCGGAGACCUUCGAAACGCACGCGAAUUUGUAGUCAAUCUGGUCGGGAGAGCGCGCAAGUUAUCAAACGCUGGAUCUGGAACUACCACUCUGCCUGAAUAUACCGAGGAAAAGUUGCCGGACUACACAUCUACGCCAGAAGACUAUGCCCCUUCAAUCGCCAGUGCGAAUUCGAUGAACACUGGCAUUACACCGGAUAGCAGUAUCAUCAUGACUCCUCGAUGCAGCCGCGAGACGCUGCGCACAGGCACCGACUUUAGCGCUGAUUGA